AUCACCCCACAGUCAAGUCCUCUUGGUUAACUUCACACUUGUUUCUCUUCCGCUUCCUCUUCUUCUUCUUUGUGUGAAAAUCACAGUUCAACUAGUGAUGGGUAGCCCAGCUUCAAUGCCUGUGGGAUUCAGAUUCCACCCAACUGAUGAAGAGCUUGUGGGUCACUACUUAAAGCACAAGUUGCUUGGUAACCAUUCCACAGUGCAUAAUGUCAUAGCUGAGAUUGAUGUAUGCAAGUUUGAGCCUUGGGGCUUACCAGCAUUUUCCAAGGUAAAAUCGGAUGAUCAAGAAUGGUUUUUCUUUAGUCCUCUUGGUUUGAAGUUCACAAAGGACAGAAGGAAGAAGUGUAACAGGAAAACCAAAGCUGGAUUCUGGAAGCCAACUGGUAAAGACCGUGAAAUUAAGAGCCGAGGCAGCAAAAAUGUCAUAGGCACUAAGAAGACUUUGGUUUUCUACAAGGGUCGUAGUUCUGAUGCUCUCAGGACCAAGUGGGUUAUUCAUGAAUAUCAUGCAGUUACCUUUCCUCAAGACAAGAGAGAUUUUGUCUUGUGUCGCUUAAUGAACAAAGCUGAGAAAAAAGCAGAAACGGAAACUGAUAAAUUGAUACAUGGUGAAGGGGACUCAAGUAACCAUAUUGUUGCUGACUUUGAGAACCAAGAAACUGAUGAUAAAAUUCCAAAUGUAUAUACUUUACCAGAAGUGAAUCUGGAAUCAAUCUUUCCAGCACCUCCUCAAGCAGAGGAAUAUGAAUUGCCCUCAAUUCAACAAUCUACAAUUUGCAUUGAACAAGAAUCAUCUUCCCGAGGUUCUUCAUUUCCCAGUGCAUAUAUUGGGGAGAAAAACAAUACUAUGCAUAUUCAAAUGGAAACCAUUGAAGAGGAAGACCAUCUUGAUAAUAUAUAUAUCGAUAAGUUCUUGAAUGAAAUUUUAGUUGGCGAGGAUGCCUUUAACACUAAUGAAACUAUACCUGCUUUUGGUAUAGAAACAAUAACUGCUCUGAAGGAGGCAUAUUAUGAAAGCAAAGAAACAGAUGGUGAACCACUAUCUGCACAGGCACAGAAGGAAACACAUACUGGAGUCAAACGAAGAACAGUUAAAAGCUCAGGGAACCGAUGCAAGAAAGCAUUCGGAAGCACAAGCAAUCAAUCAUCUACUCUAAAUGGAAAGAGUUCUUCCAGAUACUUGGAGACUCCUUUGCCAGUGAAAUUGUUCAAGUAUGACAACAUUCAAGACACUACUUCAUCAGCAUUUAGUGAACAUAAUUGUUCGAAAGAAAACCUGAUUAUGUCAACAGUUCAAACAAUAAAUGAUUCUGUUAAUGCUUGCCCUCCUUCAUUGUCAUCUAAAAAUGAAGUAAACCAAGAGAAAAAGGGCAGUUCUUCUGCCGAGUUCUGGGAACAGGAUGCUUAUGAUGACUUAAUUACAAAUGAACCUUCCUUUAUUCGCUUAAUUAGGGCCAGCCCCUCUCCUUCACCUCCAAGAAAAUGCCAAAAUAAAUAUUUUCUGACAACUGACAUUAUGCAUCUUUGUGUCACUGAGAGCUGCUCCAGAAAAUCUCAAACAAAGAGGAAUAUUUUAAGCCAAGUAUUAUCCCAACAAAAGGUACUGAAGAAAACACACACAAUAAAGUUAAACCAAGAGCAGAGAAAAGGUCAGGGUACCAUUUCAGGAAAGAACUUGGAAACCAAGAACCAUCUAUCAUCUGGGAUCAUUGGAAAGGGUUCUUUCAUUCAGUUGGAGACUCCGUUUGUGCAAAGAUCAUGGUUUCUCUUCACCUGGAGUUCUGCUUGGUCUUGGCAUGGUUUUGAUUUUCACCAUGACGUGGUGCAAAAGGUGAAACUCAAAGGGGUCUCUUAAUGAUGCAAUCAUACUGCAUCCUUCUUAACAUAAUGGAAUUUCUGCACUCACAGCUUGUAUCUUGUUUCAUACUCUGAACUGCUAUUGUGCUUUUUAGUCCUCUGUUAUGUACAUUUCUUGUGUUUUAUAAAGCUGAACUUCUAUAGUAUUCUAUGAAUGUAGACUUCCUUCAAUGUAGCUAAUAUGUUUGGUGUUUCUUGAUAGUAUUGUUGAAUGAAAUAGAAUGGCCUAUCUGGAUUUCUGGAUAUGCCUGUAACCUCUGAUUGAGGUUCAUUUAAA